GCAAAAUGCUGAUACCAUGCCCUCCGGCAUACACGUUCUAUCAAAAAGUUAUGCAUGUUCGUUCCUUGUUUUUUUCUUUUCUUUACGGGAAUGCAUGUUUAUUUUUAUGUAGAUCUACACUCUAAGAUUACUAAAUUAUGCAUGAACUAACACCUGGGAUUCUUAGAAAGGAAUGGGAAAUGCACUGGACACAUUUUGUGGUCAAUCUUAUGGAGCAAAGCAGUACCACAUGUUAGGCAUACACAAGCAAAGAGCAAUGGUAGUUCUCCUCUGCAUCAGCAUUCCCCUUGCAUUUAUAUGGGCAAACACAGGUCAAAUUCUUGCAAUAUUAGGACAAGAUCCGAAAAUCUCAGUAAAAGCAGGAAUCUAUGCUCAUUACAUGAUUCCUAGCAUAUUUGCAUAUGGUCUCCUUCAAUCUCACAUUGGAUUUCUUCAAGCUCAAAACAAUGUUCUUCCUAUGAUGCUUACUACUGGAUUUACAACUCUACUCCAUGUACUUGUGUGUUGGUUGAUGGUGUUUAAGUCUGGUUUAGGCUACAAAGGCGCGGCGUUAUCAAAUGCUAUAUCCUAUUGGAUUAAUCUAUUGCUGCUAGCUAUUUAUGUGAGGGUGUCUCCUACUUGUAAAGAGACAUGGACUGGUUUCUCGAAGGAGGCUUUUCGUGAUAUUCCUGAGUUUCUUAGACUUGCUGUACCUUCUGCACUUAUGUAUUGCUUGGAAGCAUGGACAUUUGAGAUGAUGGUUCUGUUUGCUGGUUUCCUUCCAAAUCCAAAACUGGAAACCUCCGUUCUCUCGAUCAGUCUCAACACAUGUACAGCAUUAUUCAUGCUACCAUCCGGAAUAGGUGGAGCACUAAGCACAAGAGUUUCCAAUGAACUAGGGGCCGGACAACCACAUUCAGCUCGAUUAGCUGUAUGGGUAUCAACAUUUAUGGUGGGAAUAGAAGGAAUCUCAGCUGCAUCUUUGCUAAUUUUGGGGCGCAAUUUAUGGGGAUAUUGCUAUAGUACAGAAGAAGAGGUAGUCAAAUAUGUUGCACAAAUGAUGAUUCUUCUUGCAGUGUUGCAUAUUCUUGAUGGCUUUCAAGCUGUGUUUUCAGGGACGGCUAGAGGAUGUGGUUGGCAAAAAAUUGGAGCUUUUAUCAAUUUGGGAGCUUAUUACCUAGUAGGCAUUCCUUGUGCCUUGUUGCUAGCAUUUGUAUAUCACUUUGGAGGCAAGGGAUUAUGGACAGGAAUUAUAAUGGCCUUGCUCGUCCAAGCGUUACUUCUCCUAAUUAUAACAUUACGUACCAAUUGGGACAAAGAGGUAAGGGUUUCUAUUAGAGAUGACAAUGGGUCUGGGUCUGAAAAAUCUAGAUCCAACAGAUCUGGAACGGGCGAAAAAGGCCAAAGACAAGCUAAACAGUCUAAUGGUCCAUUAAUUGGGUCAAGCAUCUUUUUGAAAUGGCAAGGCGAUAUCCUUUCUGAUUUAUUAAAUAGAAAAUUCCUCUUACGAGUUGAUUGUCAAGCUGCUAAAGCUGUUUUAAAAAAGGAUGUCCAAAACAUUGCUGCAAAACACAUUUUUGCCAGAUGGCAGUCUAUUUUAAGCAUUUUUGAAUUUGAGAUUGAGCAUAUAAAAGGAGAAGAGAAUUCUAUCCCUGACUUCUUAACCCUUGAAUUUCUUACAGAAAUGCCAAAAAAGACAAAAGAUAAGGAGAAGUCCCGACCUCCUCCUGAGAAAACCAUAUGCACCACACAAAACCAAUAA